AUGUUGAAUUGGCUGACUAUGCUACUGAUAAUCGAUAAUCUGCUUUACCCACGCCAAUACACAACACAACCCUUUGUAUCACUUAUGAUGUCUCGCACAAAUCACGCUGCUUGUAUGGGAUCAUUGCCAAUGAAAGGCCAAAGAGUUCUGACACAGGUUGACAUGUGGUUCAAUUUGUGUCCUGCUCAAUCGGUCGCUGACCCACGCAUGUGCUGUCUGGCCGAGACGAUAAAGGCCACAUUCAUAUGUGCCGUAAACAAGGCAAGAGCAGUGCUUCAGAUGUCGGAGCUGCUUGAUUGCAGUAUUCUUAUCUGGCCAACACAACUUGGAUGGUACACCAAAAUGGCAUGGUCAAUGUCCGAAGUGCGUGAGGGUUGGAUUGAGCUGGUUCAUCCAUCAGGAGCCAUAUAUAACUACAAUGCCCGAAUGCCAAUCAUAGUGAGAGAGAAGGAAGUAUAUCCAUAUUAUUAUGUUGUCCCAGAGAAUCAUAUCAUUACCUGGGUAGAGCCAGUGGAUGGCUACCUUCUUUUCCAGGAAUCUAUGGCGUCGCACUGGAAUCAUAAAAGACUCAAACUAGAGGUUCAAUAUUGGAAACAUAUUGAAUAUUUUUCUCACGAAAUCACAAUACCCCUCUUGGAAGUAAGGGUGUUGCAUACCCAACUGAAUUGGUAUUGUGUGGUGGCUUCAAUAUUCUGGACUCUGGGCCAGAUGAAGGAUAUAACCGAUGAGCUGACCAUUGCUGAGGAACUUGCGGAAACUGAUGGGUCCUUGAAAGGACCAGGUGUUGCAAUAUGUGGUGCAUGA